UUUCUCUCCUCCACACAAAUUUAUAUGAACCUUCGAGAAAGUUUUUUAAAUAUUUUUGCUUUCAGUGUAAUAUUCUCGAUUGUUGAAGAAAGUUCGACAAAAGUCUUUAAAAAAUUAUUAAUCAUCGUGAAGCGCAGAGCGAAACUAGAAAAAGUGUGAAUAAGACGCUAGAAUUGUUUUCUUAAAGAAUUGAAGCAACUUAAGAAGAAAAUACUUAGGAGAGGAAAAAAAGUUUGAAACGAUGGAUAAUAGUCAAAAAGUUCGUCACAUCCCAAUUUUUGUUGAGGGACGCGAUGAGCCCGUAAUAAAUACUGGACAUGAUAGUCAAACAACAUCAGGAAAUGUUCCACCAAACGUAAAUGCACCACCACAAAACAAUAACACCUCCGCAUUUGCAUCCGCUGAAUCAUCAAGUGGACCUUUUCAAAAUCAUCAUAAUUUUGGCCGUGCGCCAAUGGGAUUUGGUGGUGACAUGGGAUUCGGACAAGACAUGCCCAUGCCGUCAUCAUCAAUCUUUGAUCGUGCAAAAGAUUUUCCAGUGCGUGACUUCUUCAACAUGCGUUCAGCUAGUCCUCAUCGACGCAGUGAAUCACCAAUUAAUGUACAUCACCAACCAUCACACCAGAAUCAACAUCAAUCACGAGGAUCACCAGCACCAACUCCAGCUGGUCCUCAAAGACAACCCACGUCUCAAAAUCAAGAACGUUCUGUUCCAGUCCAACACCAAUAUGAACCUAAACGUGCAUCGACACCACAAAGGCAGCAAACACCAACUCAAGGUGUACAUCAACCGUCUCCUCCUGUUGAGCAGCCCAUACCAGCACAACAGAAGGCAAUUGAAGACUCAAUUACAAAGAUUCAAAAAAUCCAGUCAUCUGUUCUUGAGCUUAUGUCUCGUGUUGAAAAGUACGACGGAAAUAAUCGUAAAGAGUAUGCAUUUCUCGAUGAAAUGUUAACUCAAAACUUACUUAAACUUGAUGACAUUGACGCUGAAGGAAAAGAAAAUAUAAAAAAUGCUAGAAGAGAAGCAAUUAAAUGCAUAAAUAGCCUCAUAUCACUUUUAGAUGCCAAAAAUGAAGCUUUCAAAUCACAAAAUGAAGAAAAAGUUAACACAGAGGCUGCUAAUAUGGAACAAGAUCCACCCACACAAAAUGGUAUCAUUAAUGGAACAUCUAAGAACUCUUCUUACGAUAAUGUUACAAACGUCCAACAAACACCAUCGAAUAGUUCUGUGAACAUGACAACAGAUAACAACAAGAAACAAGACGAGGUCACAGCUGAAGCAAGCUUAGAAGCGAAAUUACAAGAAGCAAUACAAAAUCAAGAGAUGAAAGUAGAUGAGCCACAACAGCAGAAAUAG